UUUAGAAAGUUAUUGCACAAAUGCACACAUUCUACUAUUAUUCAUUGUUAGGUACUACUACGUUUAUUUAUACUAGAGUAGUUUCUUCGUAGAUUUAUACGCAGACAGAAUUUGAUACGUCUACAAAUUUUAGCAGAAGAAUAGACAAUCCAAAAAAGUUGUUAUCAUGACGAGUGAAGAUCUAAAUCAUCUGGGUAAUGACCCAGGUGCUGUAAAAUUUGGCAAUUUUAUCAACUAUUACUCCUUCCAUAACGUGGAGCACAGAACUAAUAACCUAAGCAAAGAAAUGUUCCCCGAACCUAUUGUUAAUGAACCAUUUUUGUGCUUAGACAUUGGCUGCAACACCGGAGAACUUACUAAAGACCUUUAUCAGUACAUAAAAACAAUUUACCCAGAAAAUGAUAUACAUAUACUGGCUGUUGACAUUGACCCGACACUAACCGCAAGAGCAAAAGAAAACAAUCAAAUUCCUAGUAUUACAUUUCUAACCUGCAAUAUUAUGUCUACUGAUGAUCAGAAAUCAAUUCAAGACUAUUUGGAAGUUCAUCAGAAAAAGCGAUUUGAUGUGACUUUCUGUUUUUCUGUCACAAUGUGGAUACAUCUAAAUAAUGGAGAUGAUGGUCUAUUAAAUUUUAUCAACUACAUAAAAAGAUAUUCUAGAUCUAUCAUUAUAGAACCACAACCAUGGAAGUGCUAUAGAAAUGCCCAAAGAAGACUCAAAAAAUCUGGUAGCACAUUCCCUUUAUAUGACUCGUUAAAAAUCAGAAGUGAUGUGGAGUUUUUCAUAGAAAAUAAGGUUAAUGAAGGCACGCACGAGAAAGUGUGUGGUUCUCUGAAUCAAUCAUGGAAUAGAAAGAUUUUAAGUUUUCAUGAUAAUAAGGAAAUGAUAACAAAAUAAUUAAAAUUGUAGAUAUUUUUUUAUUCUUGAUAUAAUAAACAUUAUGGUUAAAUCAUUGUAAUAUUUCAUUUAUUCUUAUAUAAGACAAAUUUAAACCUUGUUUAUUAGUAAAGAGUACUUACAAUGAACAAAAUGAAGAAAAACAUGGUCUUAUUUUUAGUCCAGUGUUGCUACUUUAAUGUUAGCAGAAAUAUCAGAAAUGUAGGCACCCACAUUUAUAAAUUGUUAACAUACUGACAGGUCCCUCAACAUGUAUAUAAUACAAGUGCACUUAAUUAUUAGGUAUUUAACACCUUCACUGCUGCAAUUAGCAUAAUCUUUAAAUUGCAAUUAAUCAUACUUCACCUAAUACAUACAGAUCUGUAGAUGCAAACCUGCAGCGAACAUCUUAAUAUAAAUAAUUUUAACACUAAAGUAACCGUAGGCAGCCAUUAUCUUAUUCUUAAAAUAAAAAAAUCCAUAAUAAGACGCCUUUUAAAACCAAAGUACUAAUUCAAGUUACUUUACAAACAGCAGAUGGUACAGUAUGGCAUGAUUGCACUUAAAAAUUUCUUAAUCAAAAUGUUCUCACUCAAGGGGAUUUUGUUUUAUUUCACUAUGGCAAAAACAAGUUUAUACAUUUACUGUGGCCCAGGUUAUAUUGACAUUAUUGGCCCUGUACAAGUAAGUAAGUAAGUAAGUAAUACAUACAUACAUAUAUACAAUCACGCCUGUUUCCCAUAUAGGGGUAGGCAGAGCACAUGAAACUGCUAAAGUUACA